GAAAGGGGCGAAGGGCGAACAAACAUUAUCAAACAAUGCUUUGAAGUUUGAACUGACUGAAUUUGUUUUCAUACAGAUAUAAUAUAACUCUUUGUUUGCUUUGUUCAGUCGUGUGUGUUUAAUUUCGCUUAUAUGUUUUUUUUGCAUUUUUUUAUCGGUCUCUUAUCUAAUAAGAAUAUUACUCAAUAAAACAAUAGCAGAGGGUGCCCAGCUGUUCGCAUAGCACACAACGUCCACGUCAAGGUAACAACAAUAAUAACUCAACAUUAUUCGUCACCAAAAGCCGACCAGUGGCCAUAUUUAAAUGAGAACUGUAUAACAUAAUUUUUGGAGUACUUCAUUUGAAUCUUGCUUUGUCUAUCAAAGAUCCAAAAUGGCAUGGACAGGAUAUCAAAAAUUUCUUGCUUUAAUGAUGGUCAUAACUGGCUCUAUCAAUACCCUCAGUACCAAAUGGGCGGAUAAAUUGGAAUCCAAAGGUUCUGAUGGAGAAAUUAGGCCAUUCAAUCAUCCAUUCCUUCAAGCAGCCACAAUGUUUUUGGGAGAGAUAUUGUGCUUAGUGACAUUUAAAUUAAUAUACUUUAAAACAAGGAAUACAGGAGGCCAUGCUUUGACACAAGGCAACCAGAAUUUCAACCCAUUUAUACUGAUGCCAGCUGCAAUGUUUGAUUUGAUUGGCACCUCAAUAAUGUAUAUUGGACUUACCCUUACUUAUGCAAGCAGUUUCCAAAUGUUCCGAGGUUCAAUCAUUCUCUUUGUUGCUGUAUUUUCAACAACAUUCCUUGAACGUAAGAUUGUUUCAAGAGAAUGGGCUGGAAUAGCUGGAGUACUUUUGGGUCUUGUUAUUGUUGGGGCUACAGAUGCCAUAUACCAGGCCCCAGGUGAGGCUAAAGGUAGAAACAGUGUCAUAACAGGAGAUAUGCUGAUUAUUGUUGCACAAGUUGUUUCCGCCUGCCAGAUGGUAUACGAAGAGAAAUAUGUUACUGGUCUUAAUAUACCAUCAAUGCAAGCUGUCGGAUGGGAAGGCAUAUUCGGUUUUUCAGUCCUUUCGGGACUGUUAGUGAUAUUCUACUGGGUGCCAGCGCCAAGCCACUUUGGUAACAAUCCUCGAGGUACAGUAGAAGAUGCGAUUGAUGGAUUAAUACAAAUAGGAAAUAACCCGUUGCUCCUUGUAGCAGUUAUAGGAACAAUAAUAUCUAUUGCUUUCUUUAACUUUGCGGGUAUAAGUGUUACCAAAGAACAAUCUGCUACUUCUAGAAUGGUACUGGAUUCUAUAAGAACAUUUUUCAUCUGGAUGGUGUCUCUUGCUGUCUCUUGGCAGGUUUUCCACUGGCAACACCUUGUUGGCUUUAGUAUACUGUUAUUGGGCAUGUUUAAAUACAAUGGUGUUUUACCUGAGUGUAGCCUCUUUCGUAGAAAUACUGACAAUGUUAUACAAGAGGAGGAGAGAGGUGUGGUUAAUGCUGAAGCUGAUAAUCCUCAAGAUGUGUAAAUACUCAUAUCAUUAUCCCGUAUUGAAAGCCAUUAUUAUUUUUUAUGUAUCAAAGUUAG